AUGGAUUAUUCGUAUUUGAACCAAGCGGCGGCAGCGGCGGCCGCGGGAUUCGAAGCAUCGAGUUGCGCUUUGGCCACUGACAUGCAAUGCGGAUACGGGGACUUGGGGUCUUGCUCCCAAAUGAGCCAAGCGGCUUAUCGGUAUACUGCCGCGAGGGCCGCUGGGUACCCGGGUAAUUCCGCGGGAGGAGGAGCCAACAGUGGGCCCACUCUAGCCGGUCACCACGCGACACAUCCUCAUGCCCAUGCGCAUCAUCCGGCCCAUGCUACUCCGUGCUCCGUAAUGGCAGCUAGGACCCAAGAUGUCCAUCGACAUGCUGCUUCUAUUUUUAAUCAGUCUAUUAAUCUUCAAAGCGGUCUUGGAUACAAAGCCUACACAGCUCAUGAUGGAUUAGCUGAAAAAAGAAAACAGCGACGGAUACGGACGACAUUUACAUCCGCCCAAUUAAAAGAACUGGAACGGGCAUUUCAGGAGACGCAUUAUCCUGAUAUUUAUACGAGAGAAGAAAUUGCUAUGAAAAUUGAUCUCACGGAAGCCAGAGUACAGGUGUGGUUCCAAAAUCGUCGAGCCAAAUUCCGGAAACAAGAACGCAUGGCUCAGCAGAAAUCAAGUAGUCAAAACUCGGUUGGUGUUGACAGUGGAGCAUCUAGUCCAAUACAAAAUAGUGUUAAGGCUGAAAGCAGGUCUCCAAGAAGUCCGGCGACACCUGUAGGUUCAAAUAGUCAUUUGUCGUCAACGGAAGUUAAGCCGUUGGCAAAUCAAAAUUUACUGAGUAUUAAACAGCAGCAGCACAGUGACUCUCACAAUGAAAAUUCAUCAAAUGGUGCCGGACGUGGUAGUGCUAGUGGAGGGGGAGGAGGAGGUGGUGGAAGUGGAAGUGGAAGUGGUAGUGGUGGAAUCGGUGCCUGGGGAUCAUGCAGUCCUCGGUCUUUUUCUACGACACUACCCCCCUAUUUACUUGAUCCUCUUCCCCUUAAAACUGCAAAUUUAUAUUGAAAAAAUUAACAAUAAUAAUAAUUAUUUAUUAAGAGAGAUCAAUGCAAUUUAAAUUUUUAUUUAAAUUACUGUCCAUUAAAUAAUUGUGUACAUAGACGGGUAUUAUUAUUUAAAAUUUUUAAAUAUUAUUGAU